AUGGCGGCGGCGGCGGCGUCAGCGGCGCUGGGCGAUUUGCUGCUGCUGCAGGGGCAGGCGAAGCGCGACCCGGAGGGGUACCGCGAGGAGUUCGAGCGGCAGCACCGCCACUACCGCGCGUUGCUCGCCGUUUUCUCGUUAAAGCCCCACGCGGAGAGCAAGGAGUUCGGCGACCUCGUCAUGUUCCUCGCGCAGGUGGGCUUUAAGCCGCUUCUUCGAGCGGCGUCAACGCCGCUGCCCCGCGCCGUGCUGGCCCUCCUGUUGUUCGAGCCGAUAGUGAUGCUGGCGUGUGUUAGGCUCGCCCCCUUCUACCGCAGCACUAUGGGGGGGUUCCCCGGGGAGGUGAUGGGGCUGCUGCAGUCGCACGUGGACGUGCUGCAUCCAAUGCUGCGCCGCCAGCUGGCGCACGCGCUCAUCCUCCUGCGCAACCGCCAGCUCCUGGGUCCCACGGACCUCAUUCCGCACUUCUUCCGUCUUUUCCGCUGCCCCGACAAGGCGUUGCGCAAGCUGGUGUUCUCACACAUUGUGAAUGACAUUCGCCGGCUCAACCAGAAGCACCGCCACGAGGGCGUCAACAGGCCCAUCCAGAACAUGCUCUUUUCCCUCGUCCAGGAGGAGAACGAGAUGGCAGCCAAGAAGUCACUCGCAGUGCUCAUUGAAUUGUACCGGCGGAAAGUGUGGACCGACGCACGCACUGUGAACGUGAUCGCCACGGCCUGCCUGCACCCGUGCACGCACAUCAUGGUGGGCGCGCUCAAGUUCUUUAUGGGGGCGGACCGGCAGGGCGAGGGGGAGGAGGGGAGCAGCGAGGAGGAGGACGACGAGGAUGAGAAGAAGAGUAGAAGCAAGGAGAACUCUGCUCUCGCUCUCGACAGGAAGAUUGUCUACACGGCGUACCACAAGGGUACACCGGCCAGUAAGCGCAAGAAGCAACUGAAGCUGAAGCGAGUGAUGAAGGGGCUGCGCAAGCAGCAGCGGGCUGUGAUGGGCGGAGGGGGGGAGGGCACGGGGGAGGGCGACGGGAACAUGCACUUCGCUGCCCUGCACUUGCUGCAUGACCCUCAGGUGGGUGAUUGGUUGUUGUUACAGGGAAGGGUUGAAGGGGGGAGGACGGGGGGAGGGAGAUGGGGGAAGGGUAAGGGCACAGGGGAGGGCGAAGGGAACAUGCACUUUGCUGCCCUGCACCUGCUGCAUGACCCUCAGGGCUUUGCAGAGAAGCUCUUCAGCCGGGUCAGCAAGUGCAAUGAGAAGUUCGAGGUGAAGCUGCUGAUGCUGAACGUGGUAUCACGGGUAAUAGGCACGCACAGAUUGCUCCUUCUCAACUUCUACCCUUUCCUGCAACGCUACCUCAUGCCGCACCAGAGGGACGUGACGCACCUCCUUGCCAUCGCCGUGCAAGCCUGCCAUGACCAGGUCCCCCCAGACGCAGUAGAGAGCAUGGUGAAGCAGAUUGUGAACCUCUUCGUUCACGACCGUGCCCGGCCAGAGGUCAUAGCGGUGGGGCUCAACGCCGUGAGGGAGGUGUGUGCGCGCAUGCCCCUGGUGAUGGGCGAGGAGCUGCUGCAAGACCUGGCCAUGUACAAGAAGGCUCGGGAGAAGGCCGUUGCUGCUGCUGCAAGAUCGAUUAUCUCACUCUUCAGAGAGGUGAAUCCGUCGCUGCUGCAGCGGAAAGACCGGGGCAAGCCGGGGAAGGCAGGGGAGGCUGUGCAGCCAGUGGCGUUUGGCCACGUGGCAGUGUCUGAUCACGUGCCUGGGAUUGAGCUGCUGGGGAUUCCGGAAGAGGAGGGCGAUGGGGAGGAGGGGGAGAGUGAGGAGGGAAGUGAUGAGGGGAGUGAAGGGGAGAGUGAGGAGGAAGUGGAGGGGAUUGAUGAGGAGAUGGAGGAGGGAGAGGAGGGAGAGGAGGGGGAGGAGGUGGAAGGGGAUAGUGAUGAGGAGGGGAGUUCAGGGAGUGAGGAGGUGGAGAGUGAGGGAGAGGAGGAGGAAGUUGAGGAGGAAAUGGAAGAGGAAGAGGAGGAGGAGGAGGAGGAGAUGGAGCAAGAUAGGCCAGGUAUUUCCAGAAAAAGAAAGGCAGAGGGGGAAGCGAGUGGAGAUGGAAAGCGGAAGCGAGAAGGGCCGGUGAAAGUGGAGGGUGCGAGUCUGAGGCAGCUGAAACGACUGGCAGCACAAGGGGAUGGGAAGGCCGGAGAGGAAGCAGGGGGGGAGAAAGCAGGGGAGAAGGUGGAAGGGGAGGAGGAGGAAAAGGAUGGGUUUCUGUCAACAGAGGAUUUCAGGAAGAUCAGGAGGAUGCAGGCUAAGCAGGCUGCUGAGUCGAUGUUGAGGCGCAAGGGCAUGAAGAAGGCAGCCAAUGCGCUCGCCAACUCGCAUCAAGCACGCUCGCACUCCCUCAGUGACCGCCGAGUGGACCCGUCUGACCUGGAGGUGAGUCGUGCUGACGUGGCGUGGGCUGCUGCUGGCUGUGGCAUCAACCUGUGGUUGCAUGUUAAAUGUAUCCCUGAUUUUGCUGCUUCGUUUCCCUUUUCAUCUGCACCAGCACAAUGCCAUUCCUUCCUUCAGACUUUUGAGGCGACUCAAAGGUUCAUCUGCACCAGCACAAUGUUGUUCCUUCCUUCAAGCGUGCUGGUGUCUUGUGUGCACAUAAAGGCACGGAGGGACAAGGAGGAGCGAAUGGCAGCAGUGCUGGCGGGCAGAGAGGACUGUAGCUACUUUGCCAAGUCGAAGAUGAAGCAGCAGAAGUUGUCAGCAGGGAGGAGGUGGGCCAUGCUGCCCGUCUUCCUCUCACCCCCUCCUUCCCCUCCUUCCAUCCCUUCCUCUCACCCUCUCCUCUCACCCUCUCCUCUCACCCCUCACCCUCUCCUCUCACCCUCUCCUCUCACCCUUCACCCUCUCCUCUCACCCUCUCCUCUCACCCUUCACCCUCUCCUCUCACCCUCUCCUCUCACCCUUCACCCUCUCCUCUCACCCUCUCCUCUCACCCUCUCCUCUCACCCUCUCCUCUCACCCUUCACGCUCUUCUCACAGGUGGGUGGAACAUCCAACAGGGAGAAGGAGAAGCGCAAGGCAGCGCCCAUGGCAGCACAGCGAAUGAAGCUCAAGAGGCGCACGCAGGGCAAGCGGCGCAACAAGGGGAAGAAUUUCCAGGGGAAGAAGGCCUGGAAGACGCCCGCGCCGCCGCAGCUGCAGCAGCAGCCCGCGAUUCACGCUCCCGCCGACAGCGCUCCGCUCGAGCGCGUGUGCGGCUCGCCAGCUGUCGACGGUUAUGCGCACGUGAACGCCACGUGUCUAGAAGCGUCGCCCACGAAUCGCAUGUGGUGGUCCAUGCAUCCUCAGGGAGGGAGGAGCGGGGAGGGGUUGGAUUGCCACAUGGAGCGCGAAAUGAGCCUAGAUGGGCUGGCCGUGCGGUGGGGCAUCGGCCACAAGACCACCACUCCAGAGCAAUGCUGCCAGGCCUGCAGGGACCAUGAACCGGACCCACAAGUUGGGGAUCCCUUUGCGCGCCUCCCCUGCAACGUCUGGGUGUUCUGCUCCGCUCCUUCCUGCUUUGAACCCGACGCGCACACGCACACGUUCGGCGACUGCUGGCUCAAAUUCUCCGAAGCCCCACAGAGCCCCGAGGUGAACGCGCGAGGGGAGUACCCUCGGGAACUCCGUGCGAGGCAUGCCGAGGCGCCUGAGCGGUGCCAGUGGGUGGCGGGGGUGCUGCUGCCGCCCGGACAGACUCUCACCAACGGCACGUGGAGCCCGAGGCAUGAAUGGUGA